AUCGAUCAAAAUUGAUAACUUCGUUUUGUAAACAAUUUAUAGUGGUCUUUCAAACACUUUUUGCUUCACCAUUAUACACCCCAACUAUUCAUUCUGAUCCUUGGUUGAAAAAAUUUGGAGAUUCGAUAAAAAUGGCACGUGAAGCUAGUGUAGAAUAUGGAUGGUCUUUAAAUGAUAUGUGGAAGAUUUUUGAAACUCUAAAGGGCACUAACGGAUUUGCAGAAUUUCCACCUCAAGAAUUUUGCGACUCAGAUUUUCAAUACUAUAUGGAAAAUAUUGAAAAUUACAUCAAUCCUGCUGACAUUCAUUUUAAUACAGCACAGAUGUUAAUACAGAGGUUAUCACAAGAAUAUACAUUGCGGUCAUCUCUUAUUAUGCAAGCAUCAACAGCAACUCAGUUAAGUUUUGGUCCUGCAGUUGAUCAAAAAAUUAGCGAAGAUUAUGGCAAAAUUUUUUGUAUAUUUGAAAAGCAUGAAAAAAAGAAUAUUAACAAAGUUUCAGGAAAUUCUAUCAAAAUGCGUGGGGGUAACCAAUGGGUGUCUGUUUUCGGAGCUAUGUGUUUAUUAUUACAUGCAGAAUAUACUAUUCGCAUCAUGCGUGACACUGAUUUUUCUCUUCUGUUACAAUCUCAAAACGAUGAUCCGAUGCAAGGUAUUCUGAUUUCCAGAUUUAAGCGAUAUUGGGAACUUAGCGUUGAAGAAGAAAGUUCGGCAGAACAGCAAAGUACGGAGAGACAAAUUGCAGAUAUUAUGGAUUCAAUGGAAAAAUGGGAUUCUGAAACAUCCGAAACGCCUAAUUUAGCUACUGUAUCACCCAUUGAAGAUAUAUCAUGGGCAAUUUACACUAUGUUCUUUGAGAAUCCAUAUCGUCAUUUAAAGAGGACAUUAGAUGUACGCACUGACCUAUUAGUAAUGACACAUGCUACGUCACUUGUUCAUUGUUAUCAGUUGGGUGGCAUCUGCGUGCAUAGAGACGAAGAUUACCUGAUGAAAUGGGCAGCUGAUAAUCCGAAUUCUGCUUAUUCAAGAGCGUUUUUGGUUACUGAACAGGAUGUUAAAGAUGGUAUAGACGUCCUAAAACCGUUGGUCGAAGAAAAUAAGUCAAAUAAGACACAGCCAGUUGUAGAUUCUCCAAAGAACAGGCUUUAUCUUAAUUUAAUGAUUGAAAACCUUAAAAUGUUCCAGAGAGGAAGAAAAGACAAGGAAUCACAGACAAAUUCGGAAGGCGAAACACGAAAAAAACCCUUGAUUUUUUCAACCCUUUCAGAAACAAUGAUUGAUAGAGUCAGAUUUUCGUUACGAGGAAAACCUCCAGAUCGGGAAGACAUGGUAACACUAUUCAAAGAACUUGCAGAUAUGGGAAAAAAUCCGGACACCUUUGAUGAGCCGGAAAGCAAGACUAGCUUUUCUGAAAAAGAAGAAAAAUCUGUCGAUUAUGUCUAUAGGCGCCGUCUGACUAUGGGAAUUUCGAGCAGUAUAACUGAUGUUAUCCAGCAACUUGCAAAAAUACAAUACGAGUUUAGUCAUCAACAGACUGCCGAAACUCUAAAACACGAAUUACUUGGUCGUGUUGCAUCUUUAUUACUUGGUUAUAAAUAUCCAUACCAUCCUGAUUAUCGCCCUUCGUCUAAAUGGUACCUCUCACCGGAAGUAGUUAUACGAUUUCUUCUUGCCAAUGAAUCAGUCUUUGAAAACAUAUCAGAAUCAAACGAAUAUAAAUGGAAACUUUUGCUUGAUCCUCGGAUAUUAGAAUCUCCCCUUGUCAAGCGCGUUAUUAGUUUGAGUAAAUCACCCAACUAUUCAUUGAAAAAUCUCACUAAUGGAAGUAAUUUCAUGACUGUGUCAUAUCAUAUUAAACGGCUCUAUGUGGCAGAAUCUGACGAAUUGGAUGCAUAUAUUAUUGAAUUUCUUGCCAAUGAUCGAUUUAAUUGGCAACCGGAUGAAGAAAACCUGAAAAAAAAAGAGAAGGAUUUAAGAGAUGCUGUAUAUAAAUAUAAUAAGUUUCAUCAUUAUCUUAAAGAAUACAAAAAUGCCGCAGAUGCUGUUUUUUUGGGUAAACAAAAAGACUUUGUACCUAAUCUAAAGUUUGAUGAAGGGGAAGCGAUU